GAGCAGCUGACCUUUGGGAGUAGAGUGAGCUUCACUUUGGGGCAUCAUGGUUUCCACACCAGUGCUUCUGCUGCAGCUGCUCCUGGUCCCUCUGGUGUCUGCAUCACACCACUUUGGAGGACUUGCCACCGUCUGUAGAGGAAGAAACUCGGAUGGAACAUUUACAGUCAACAUUACUUACAAGGCAACCUUUGAUGGGUGUUACCACAGUCAAUCCUUGCAUUGUUACGAUGGCAACUGUGGAUCUGAGGUCAAUAGGCGCAGAGGCAUACUUGACAGCAGCACCAAUGUACCAAAAUAUACCAGACAAUGGUGUGAAACAGAGACUGUGAUCACAAGACGUGUCUCAUCCAACAAGCCUUUCUCUUUACGGUCAGCUCGUUGUUGCUGGAUUCCAACAAGGAACAACCUCAACAGUUGGAGACUACUGACCACUGUGGAUUUGGGUACAAGAUCUGACACAGGAGAGCCAAACAAAUCCCCAGCCAUUGGCACGCUACCUUUCCUUCGAGUUCCUCAAAACUGUCCGCGGACGUACAAGCUAAUGACCUUUGAUGCUGAUGGUGACCGGGUGCGAUGUAGAUACGGAAAGAUUCUGAAUACAGAAUGCGGCUCGUGCAGUCAGCCCGUAGGCUUUCACCUGGAUCAGGACUCUUGCACUUUGUACUACAACUACACCUUGUCUGAUCCCAGUGUUUAUGGAUUUGAGUUGGUGGUGGAAGACUUUCCACAGCAGCACGUCCUACUAUCGUACAGUGAUGGCUCCCAUUCCUCCAAGUCUCCUCUGAGGGUCAGGAGAAAGAUAUCAGCAGUUAAUCAAUAUCACUUGUGGCCUACGACAACCUUAGACCCAUGGUGGCAAAUUCAAACUACAACUAGUAGACAUGCGCCUUCUACGGGCUCUCCUACCACACCAAUGUGGUGGUGGAAACAUACAAGAGCACACCCAUGGUCACGUUGGCCUACGACAACCCCGGCUCCAUUGUGGCAAAGUCAAACAACUAAUAGAGCUACGCCAUCUACAGGCAAUCCAACUACAUCAUCACCACCCCCUUGGGGGCGGUGGAAAACUGCAACACGACACCCAUGGUGGUGGAGGAACACGCAGCAGACUACAAGAUCUACAACAGCAGGCUAUCCCACUACAAUGCAGCAGCAAACUAUAACCCCUCGACCUUGGUGGUGGGGGUUGUACACUAAAAGUACAGUAGAAACAACAACACCAUGGUGGUGGCAUCAUAAUACAGAGCAUUUUAGACCCACUACAACACCCCAAUACACCCCAACUUCAGCUCUCAGCAAACUACCUUUGCAAUUCUCCUUACUCGUGGACCCCCCUGUUCCUUCAUGUCAAGAGGGACUUUACAUACCAAGGUUUGUAUAUCCAACACCCCAGAAUGGAGAAGGCAUCUAUGCAGAGGUCAACAAAGAAGUGGAGAUCAGAGUCAAAGCCCAAGCUAUUUAUGCAAAAAUACAUGGCAUCAUCAUGAGUGGGCCAAUAAAUGUCAAUAAGCACAGAACCACAGAUGAAGAGUUCGUCAUGAGGUGGAUACCCAGGCCUGAAGAUAUGGGUAGACAUUACACGCUCUGCUUCGCUGUUGAAUCAGAGUCCGGUACAACCACAACUGAACCCUCAUAUCAUAUUCCAACUCAUCACUACUACUUUUCAGCGACCAAACAAUUAGUCUACCAGUCUGAAAUGAGAUGUGUUCUGCUUGAUGUUCAGAAGGAGACAGUUAAAGCUAAGGUGACCUGCACUGAGUCCAGUAUGAUGGUGGAAGUUGAAAAAGCUUCACUUCAAGGAAUCCACGUGGAUCACCUACGUCUCAGUGAUCCUGGCAACAUUGAGUGCAGUCUUCAAAGACACUCCAACAGCACGCACGUCAUUGCUGUCAUACCUCUCAACUCUUGUGGCACUCAGCUGGAGGAGGAUGAUGAAAAUCUGAUUUUCAAGAAUGAAAUAAACACUGUGGACAAUCUCCACAACAUCAUCACCAGGAAACACAGGCUGGAAGUAGACUUCCACUGCCAGUAUCCCAAACGAGGAAAUGUGACCCAGAGUUUCAUUGGACACAGAAAGACUAUCACAGUUUGGGAAAAGGGUUUUGGCAGGUUCACCUACCAGUUUGAGUUCUACCCAAACGACCAAUUCCAAAGCAUGAUUAGUCCAACCCUAUAUCCUCUGGACUAUAAACUAGGAACCAGAAUUUACAUGAAGAUAGAGGCCUCCUCUUCGAUCAACAACACAGAACUUUUUGUGGAAUCGUGCAGAGCUGCACCAUAUGAUAAUCCCAACUUUCGGCCGACAUACUCUAUCAUUGAAGAUGGAUGUGCAGUGGAUCCAACAGUUCAGAUCUACUCCCCUGCUCCUGAACAUGAAUUCAGGUUCAGCAUUGAGGCCUUCCAGUUCAUUGGAUUGCAUGAUCAUGUGUACAUCAGCUGUUCAGUCUUGAUGUGUGAGGCAGGGAACGCUUACACCAGGUGCUCACAGGGAUGCAUCAACACUACAUGGACAGACAGUGACCACCAUCACGUAAAGAGAGAAGCUGUCAUCCAGACUGCCAACCACUUUGUUUCUCAAGGACCACUGCGCCUUAAGAAAUCAGCAGAGAUUAAUGAAAGCACAGUGACGAAUUUGAAUCUGAACCUCAUAUUCAUCGCUGGAUGUCUUCUGGCAAUUGUUGGCAUGAUCAGCACUGUUGUCAUGUACAAAGUCAAAAUGUCAAGCGUUAAAUAUCAACGUUUACCAACAAUUGAAAGUUAAACACGUACAGGUGUAUAUGGAGUAAAACCCUUCUAUAUUGUUCACAACUAAAAUUUUAUUUUGAGCUUGUUUGAAAUCACGUGUUUGGGUGUGAAAAAUAAUGGUUAGGGAUGCACAUCAAGAUUGAAAUGGACGGAUUACAUCAAAAUCCAUCCAUCCAUCCAUUUUCUGAGCCGCUUCUCCUCACUAGGGUCGCGGGCGUGCUGGAGCCUAUCCCAGCUGUCAUCGGGCAGGAGGCGGGGUACACCCUGAACUGGUUGCCAGCCAAUCGCAGGGGACAUAGAAACUAACAACCAGUCGCACUCACAGUCAUGCCUACGGGCAAUUUAGAGUCUCCAAUUAAUGCAUGUUUUUGGGAUGUGGGAGGAAACCGGAGUGCCCGGAGAAAACCCACGCAGGCACGGGGAGAACAUGCAAACUCCACACAGGCGGUUGAAUACAGGAGAUUGAAUAUCCAAGAAAACAUUCUGUAUUUAAUGGAAGUCCAUUGAUACCCAUGCUUGACAAUCAGGAAAAAAAUAUAAUACAGUAUCCUGCAUAUUCAUUUUUGUUCAAUACGUACAAGGCGUGACUAUAAAAAAACAAGACUGUGGCAGCCACGCUCAUUACUUCAAUGGCUAACUGCUUAUUGUUACAGUGUUGCACAACCUCUUGCCACUAUUCUGCUCUAAUUUUGUUCACUUAUUUCACUCUGCUUCUUUUUCAGCCAUUUGUAUAGCACACUGCUAUCACACUUUGUUACACCCACUGUGCUUGUCAUGCAACUCGAGGUGCAAAAUAAUCAAAUUUAAAUACCUGGUCAAGUUGGAGAAGGGCCCAACCAAGCGUCUCAAACUGCAUAGUCAAUCUGUGAUUACUCCGCACCAGAUGGUUUACACUGUCAAUAUUCUCAGCCAUCUUUGUCGUAGAGGGGCAUCCUGACUUAAGGCAAUCCUCUACCUCCUUGCAGCCACUCUUAAAACAUCUCCAUAAGCUUCAUGGACUAGUUUGAGACAGAUAAGCCCUGGCAGCACAGUACAAUAGUGGUGAGCAUGUUUACUGGCGACUGCAUGGUGGUGACUGGUUAGAGCGUCUGCCUCACAGUUCUGAGGACCGGGGUUCAAUCCCCGGCCCCGCCUGUGUGGAGUUUGCAUGUUCUCCCCGUGCCUGUGUGAGUUUUCUCCGGGCACUCCGGUUUCCUCCCACAUCCCAUAAACAUGCAUGCUAGGUUAAUUGAAAACUCUAAAUUACCCGUAGGUGUGAAUGUGAGUGCAAAUGGUUGUUUUGUUUGUUUGUGCCCUGCGAUUGGCUGGCAACCAGUUCAGGGUGUACCCCGCCUCCUGCCUGAUGAUAGCUGGUAUAGGCUCCAGCACGCCAGCGACCCUUGUGUGGAUAAGUGGCUCAGAAAAUGGAUGUAUGGAUGUUUACUAGCCGUUUGUAUUCGCAGUCUUGUUCUUUCGAUCACGAUCCACAGCUCGUGACCAUAAGUGAAGGUAAGAAUGUAGAUCGACCAGUAAAUCGAGCGCUUCGCCUUUCAGUUCAGCAUGAAUUCAAAGUGAGUUUCAUCCACACGGUUUCCAGACUCUCACUAAUGCUGCAUUCACACAGGACGCUACAGUGAAUUGUCGCUGCGCAACAUUCGUGAGAGUUUGAUCGCGGGUGGUCAUCGCGCACAUGUAGCCUAUACCAGAGAAGAGGAGGGGAGGGGCCUUACCUGUUGGAGGCGUAAACAACGGAAGAACAACCACACGUCCUCAUUUUGCAAGCAACCAUGGAUGAGUCAGCAACUGCCAUUGCUAUCUACUGCAUGUGGAAAUGUAGGAAAGGCAAAGGCAAAAAUCGUGUCUGGGUCCAUAGCACUAACCAAAGACACACGCACCUCGAUGAAUUUCACCGCCUCAUCCAGGAGCUGCGUCUGGAUGCCUGCCGCUUCCAGGGCUACAUGCGGCUAACCUGUGCCCAGUUCGACGACCUGUUGUCGGAUUGGUGCAAGGAUUUCCCGGAUGGAUACAAACUACAGGCGUUCUAUUCCAGCUGCGGAACGCCUGUCCAUUUGUCUCCGGGCAGGUGCAGGUGAUAGAAUCGUGGCCCAGCUGCUGCUGAACCCACCCCCACCGCCGUGUCUCUGCCAUCUCUGCCGUGUCUCGGGCGGCGGCUUGCCACCAAAUUGAAGAAACAUGCAACUGUUCCUCCCGUGUCUCCCGCUUCGCUGCCCACUCCAACCAUGCUGUCAAGCUCUUCUACCUGCUCACGCUCACACUUCCUGCACGUUCCUUGUUCCUACGGACCACCAUCACGCCUUGGAAAUACAAACCCUGAGCUACCCCCAAAUAAACCAGUCUCAUUUACUCCUGACCCCCCUCAAUCUCCUUUUGGGUCCAGCCCAAUACCAUACGAUGACAUAUCGUGGCAGAAGUGUGGAAAUUCUCCAAUUCCUGAGCUAGAUAUGUCGUUACGAUCCCUUGUAAUGAUUAUUACAUAAGUGUAUCAUCUCAACACUUUCACUGUAAUUGAUAAGAACAUAUAUUUCAAGAUUUAAUAUUGUUUUUCAACCACUUUAAUACUCACAUAUUGGUGAUGAAACAUGUUACUCAUGUCACACUCCACUUUAUCAUUUUAUUCAUUGUAUAAAAUAACAAAUAUUGAAGCCAUAAUCAAUUAACUAUUAUGAUUAAGCCAUACUGUCUUAAUGAUUAUGAUUACAGAGUAAUGGUUGUGCAAUUGAACAUUCUGCAGAAUUUGUUUUAUUCUAUUACAUGACAUACUGGUAAUGCUAAUAAUGGCCCAGGGGUAAUGUUCUUGAAAGACUCUUAAAAAUAUGGAAAGUCUCACAAAUUUGGACUAAUUGUUCUGGAAGUGGCUGCACGAUGGACGACUGGUUAACACAUCUGCCUCACAGUUCUAAAAACCGGGGUUCAAAUCAUGUGUGUGGAGUUUGCAUGUUCUCCCCGUGCCUGCGUGGGUUUUCUCCGGGCACUCCGGUUUCCUCCCACAUCCCAAAAACAUGCAUGAAUUGGAGACUCUAAAUUGCCCAUAGGUGUGAAUGUGAAUGCAAAUGGUUGUUUGUUUGUAUGUGCCCUGCAAUUGGCUGGCAACCGGUUCAGGGUGUACCCCGCCUCCUGCCCGAUGAUAGCUGGGAUAGGCUCCAGCACGCCCGCGACCCUAGUGAGGAGAAGCGGCUCAGAAAAUGGAUGGAUGGAUGUUCUAGAAGUGAUCUUUCCAUAGGCUGCCAGCUCUGACUGUAACAUUGUAUUAUGUCACGGGAAUUCUCGAGUAGAAUAUUAUCAAAGACAGCAGCUGCACAGCCAAAUCAAGAAAAUGGCAGCUGACAACCGUGACAGUUUUUAUGUUAACUGCAAUAUACAGUAUGGGUGUCAAACAUACGGGUUGUGGGCCAAAACCGGCCCACUAGGUGGUAUAAUACGGCCCAUAGGAUGAAUUUGCAAGUGAAAAGACAUUAAGAUAUUGUGGUGGUGGGGAUAAUUUUGAUAUUUUUUUUAUUGUGCUUCAAAGUACAAUCACUGCGAUCAGUUAGUAUGCACACAUGUAGAUGACAAACUCAAGCGAAUUACACUCAAGAAAGCUGAGGUUAUUUUGUACAAUGAUCUUUAAAAUGUGUCAUUAAAUCUAAAUAUUUACGUCA